AUGGGGACGGCUCCUGGUAGCAUCCAGCGUGCCGCACCUGCACCAAUCACACAGUCCAAAUCUAUGCCAUCUACUCCCUUUCAACGUCCACAAUCCCGUUCAGACCUCAGAAAUUCUCCUUCCCCAGAUCCUACCACAAAGCAGGGCUCUCCUCGUUCACAGCCCUCGGACAGGAGUCACACCCCACCUACCAUCAGAAAACAUUAUGGAGGAUGCAAGUAUGAAACGGGUAUGGCAAGGGCGAGACGGCGGGUUCCCUAUUCACUUGGACCAGACCCCUUGGAGAAGGACAAGGGACAAUUGAAAUCCCAACUAACCCCAGAUGAAGAUGAGAAGUUGACCAAACACAUGAAUCAACUUUACCAAGAUUUACAGCCAACUCCAGAAAGCGAAGAACGCCGGUCGAAUUUUAUCGAGAAACUGAAACGCAUCCUCCUAGCAAGGUGGCCGAAUUCUUCGAUCACCGUCAAUGUAUUUGGUUCAACAGGGAACAACCUGGGCACUUCGGACUCUGAUGUUGACAUUUGUAUCACCACUGACUGUAAAGAGAUGGAACAUGUCUGCUCAAUCGCCGAGCUGCUCGCAAGCAACGGGAUGGAAAGAGUUGUCUGUGUAUCGAGCGCAAAAGUACCCAUUGUCAAGAUCUGGGACCCAGAACUUCAGGUCGCUUGCGAUAUCAACGUCAACAACCCGCUGGCAUUGGAAAACACCGAAAUGGUCCGCGCUUACGUCGCCAUUGAUAGCCGCGUUCGACCUUUAGCAAUGAUCAUAAAAUACUGGGCCAAGCGCAGAAUAUUGAACGAUGCUGCCCUUGGUGGUACCCUCAGCUCUUACACAUGGAUCUGUCUGGCCUUGAACUUCUUGCAAACUCGUGAACCUCCGGUCUUGCCCGCUUUGCAGCAAGCUGCGGGUCUGGAACCGAAAUUUCUUGCCGGAGUGAACGUGUCUUUUGAUCGACACACCGAGAAAUACAAGGAUUUCGGUGCGCAGAACAAGGCGUCUUUGGGCGAGUUACUGUUUCAUUUUUUCCGGUACUAUGGUCAUGAGCUGGACUUUGAGCAAAAUGUUGUGUCUUUACGCUUGGGAAAGGUGCUACCAAAGGUGGAAAAGUCGUGGCACCUCUUGCAAGACAAUCGACUUUGUGUGGAAGAGCCGUUCAAUAUUUCACGAAAUCUAGCCAACACAGCUGAUGACACCUCCAUGCGUGGAAUUCAUCUCGAGCUGCGGCGUGCCUUCGAGCUACUUGGACAGGGGAAGCUCAAGGAGUCCUGUGAUCAGUUUGUCCACGCCCCUGAAGAGAUCAAACCUUCCGAUAUAUUCGUCCCUCCCUCAUCUCGCCCUGUAAUUCCUCAGGCACCUACACAACCGUCACGCGGAGGUCGAAAUGGCGGACGAGGGGGAAGGCAUGCAAAUCAUGCGAACCGGAGCGUUAAUGGGAGGAGAUCUUCCAAUCCUUCUGGACGUACCUCUACAUACCUACGCAAUUUGCCAUUUCAAAUGACCACGCAGGAGCUGCAGCUUCAACAGCAACAUCAACAACAUCUGCUGCAUGAUCAGUUGUUUCAGCAAUACCAGUAUCUACAGCUUCAAGAACAGGAGCUGAGGAUGCAGCUCCAUCAGCAGAAUCUUCGCCAACGAGGCCUCCUUGCCUCAGGGUACGGCCAAGCUCCUGGAUAUUCAUCAUUUUCCACCCACGAAGAAGGGUCUGAUACGAACUCGAGUAAUCAGAUGAACGGCGUCGGCCGCGCGCCUUUAUCAGCACCACUGUACCAACAGCGUUUCGCUCCCCAAUCGCCUUACCUCAUGGCAUCUCAUUCAGCUCAAGGGGUCGCUACAGAUCCACCGUCUCCUCGCAUCAAUACGAUGUAUCCUGACAACAGACGGUUUUCUCGCCGUACUUCCUUGACCCAGUCCGCCACAGGCGGAUCUCUGCGAGCUCAUUCACAGCCAGCUCGAGCGAUACCAAUCCCCUCCCUCCAGCACCUUCAGUCGAGACCUGAGAUGCCUGGAUUUCAUGAUCCCUUAAUGGGGCGCAGGUCGUCUGCCUCAUCUACCUCUCAUGAGCACUUUGUUGGGGGUACAGAAAAUGCCUUUGGUCUAUCUGGGGCAAUGUACGACCCUGGACGCCGACCAGCAGAAUAUCUUGGAUAUUAUGUUGGGCAAUCUCCUUCUUUGUCUGCUUACACCCAGAGUACGACCAUAUCGCCCAUUCCGUCACAUGUUGGCCUUGCCAUCCAGAAUGGUGGAUUGUCGCCUCGUCUCGCAGCAGCAGCGAUGCGACCUUCCGGGACCUCACAAGGACCUCCACCGCAGCCAGCCACCAUUGAGACCGUGCAUGCAUCGGAAAUGGAUGCGAAAGCCAGCCAAGGUGAGCGACCAGCUGUGGAAAGUGAGAGACCGAGGACAGGACCUUUAGUAGUCGAUGGAUCGAUGAAUUCGCCACGUAGAAGGCGGACGACUCGGCCGACGCAAGAUCUCGACGAGCACAUGAAUCUCAGCGCUUCAACGUCUGAGGACUUUGCUUUCGACACACCCUCAAGCUCUGAUGAAAACUCCCAGGACGCCCUUGAUUUUGCGACACGGGAGAAAAGCCCAUCCAACAGCCCCAGGACAGAUCAUCACAAGACAGGUCACAGCCUAGGCUCGAGAGAACUUUUGAAUGGCAACCUACCUUUACGGAACUCGGCGAAGCUUGCGGAGGAUAGCCAGAACGGUGCUCCUAGAAGUGAAUCAAGCGGAAUCACAAGUAUUGGUAUUUCAAGGAAAUCCGCUAGUGGAGCGUGGCCAUUAGACCGUCAACUCUCCUCGGUGGAGGAAGUUCGGACACCUUCGCCUCGAGUGGAGGGUUAUCGAUCAACGAGCAGUUCGCCCGUAAUGACGACCAAGUCUGGAUCGCCUCUGCUUAAUGGCGAGGGCGCUAUGCAGGUACAAGAGAAGGCGUUGGGCCUGAGAACCAAUGGCACCUUUCCCACAUCGGCACUCGCGUCGAACCCUGGGAACAUCGUCAAUUCAAAUAAUGCAUGGCAAACUCAGAAGAAAAAGAAGAAGAAUAAAAAGGCCGUCAAAUCUGACACUGAUGCUCAAGGACUCAAUACCUCUGGUGGAGAAACCCUACCAGCCGAUGAGUCCCUACGUAAAGGUGGCUAG